GCGGUCUGAAGUUACCAACAGGUCCGCUUGUUCGCGAACAGUGUUUCGCAAUAACUUUUAUAAAAAUUACAAGAAAACAACAGUAAAUCAUGUUGUCCAGCCUCAGAACUGGAGUUCAGGGCUUGUGGCGCACUACUUCCAGGGCCCUGCAGACCAGCUCGACCCUGCAGCAUGACAGUCUUUUCGUCCACCGAGACACCCCUGAGGACAACCCUAACAUACCGUUCGAGUUUACUCCACAGAACCAAAAGAGGGUGGAAGCACUCCUAGCAAUUUAUCCUGAAGGACACAAGAGAGGUGCCAUGAUUCCUCUACUAGACUUGGCCCAGCGUCAGGCAGGAGGCUGGCUGCCAAUCUCUGCGAUGCACAAAGUAGCGGAAGUCCUCAAUUUACCUCGCAUGAGAGUCUACGAAGUUGCUACAUUCUACACCAUGUUUAUUAGGAGACCAAUAGGCAAAUACCACGUACAAGUGUGCACCACCACCCCUUGUUGGCUGCGGGGCUCGGACGCUGUGCUGAACGCUAUCAAAGAAGCAACUGGCUGUGAAGUGGGAGGCAACAGCCCUUGCGGAAAGUUCUCCAUUUCUGAGGUUGAAUGUCUUGGAGCCUGUGUCAACGCACCAAUGAUUCAAGUUAAUGAUGACUAUUAUGAAGACCUGUCUGUUGAAGACACAAAGGAAAUUAUUGAAAAGCUAAAGAAAGACGAAAAACCAUUACCGGGUCCCAGAAGCGGCAGGUUCGCAUCCGAGCCUCUGGGAGGGCUCACGUCCCUCACGGAAGAACCCACGGGCCCCGGCUUCGGCGUACAAGACGCCCUGAAGGCCUAGGCAGAUGUACAUUGUUUUGUAAUUUUAUUUCAUAGGUAUUUAAUAAAUCAUGUUAGAUCAAAUUGA